UAAAAACAUAGUAGGCUGCUGUCAAUUUAAUUAAAACCAAAAUCGUUCAUGGUUUCUCAGUUGAUUUUUUUUCUUUCGCCGAUUUGUUGCCCUCUUAUUUUAUCCAGUUUUGUUUUGGUAUGAAGUGAAUCGUUCCAGGAGUCUCAGAAUUGUGAAGGCAUUUUGCAGUUUCUAAAAUGAAUAACAAACUGAUAAUUCGAAACAGUUUCGAUGAAAAUUUGACCCCCAUUAAAAUCGAAUAUUUUGACCCAACUGAUAGUGGAAGAGUCGUUUCUCAAACGUUUAGACAUUCUGUUGGCCAGCCUCCGUCAAAAAUUCGUAAAAUAACUUGUAACCUGGCUAGCAGUUUUCCAAAAAUUGCCAUAAAGAAGGAAAACGACCUGAAGUAUGUGCCAGAUGGAGAGGUCCUACUGGUCAAUGGAUGUUGGGAUACGACCAAUAAAAUCCCAAAUAUUGUAGCUGAAAUGCACAACGUUAAAAGUGAAGAUUUCAGAACGUUACAUAACGGCGACAUCAUCAAUGACUCGCCGCGUGAUCUGAAGAGUCCAAGUCCAAGAGGUUCUGAUAGUGGCAUAGAAUCUGAUUGCACUGAUGGAAAUUUGUCUUGGCUUUUGAAUUAUAGGAUUCAUGAACUACCCCCAGUUCCAGAUGUUUCAGCUUCUGAAAAUUCUCAAAUGACUGAAAUUGAUGCGGGAAACCAGUUGCAGCAAACUUUAUUACAUGAGGUGCCAAGAAUAGAGAAUUCCCUCUCGAAUCAAAGCAAUAAGAGUAGCCAGGCACAUUCUUAUAGGUAUUCUGGUCCAAAGAAACCACCAUUUACCUACACGGAACUGAUAGAAUAUGCUUUGGGAGAAAAAGGAGAACUCACUGUAUCUGGAAUCUACCAAUGGAUUUCAGACCAUUUUCCAUUUUAUAAGCAGAACGAUGAUAGAUGGAAGAAUUCAGUGAGGCACAACUUAUCGAUAAAUCCUCAUUUUCGAAAAGGUGGCAAGGCAGUGCAAGGAGCUGGACACCUUUGGACUAUUGCUCAGAGAGAUGACAAAAAAACGUGGCAAAUUAGACAACGGAUGAACCAGUUCAUUCAAAACACGCAAAACGAUACGAAAACUCAAGAACAAGAGGCUUUUGAUAAAGAAUUACAAGCUGCUACUGAGAGUAUUUUGGGAGAAAUUAAUAACCAAACCAAGGUUGAAACCGUGAAAACAACCUACAGAAGAGACAAUAAUAUAGAAAUCCAAUACAUUAAUCUAGCUGAACCAACGAUAAAUGGUUUAGAAGAUUUUUUGGCGCCUCCUGUAUCGAAGCAGGAAAUAGUGAAUGAAUGUGGAUUAGGUAAUGACUUCUUUAUAACAGAUAUCAACCCGAACGUGUUGGGUUUGAAUUUAGUGGAAUCCGAAUCGACUGCUGAUGCCUAUGAAGACGUUUUCGAAUACUAUGGCGUAAAAGAGUAGAUUUUUUUAUGGUAUAGUGUCGUCACAAGUGUGGAACGACUCAUCUUUAGUAGGUACCUCUAAUGGAUUUAUUUUAUCGGCAUCUGUUGUUUUGUAAAUUUGAAUAAUUUAUUAUGUAAUGUAUUUUAGUAAAUAAUUUCGAUUCGAAAAUUUCGGAAACACCAUCAGCAAUACAACGUUUUAGAUAGCAUGUAUUAUGGCUUUAUUAUUCAGCGAGUAUGGGUUGAGAAUUUUUAUAUUUUCAUCAGAAUAAUAGUACCUAUUCUCUCCUGAAACUUGAAAAUGCCUGAUAUAUUUAGGUGAUAUCCAUAUUUUUUAUACGAGGAUUGUAUCUAAUUCUGCAUGUUCUUGAUAAUCUCUAGGUAAUCAUUAUUGAUUGAAUCAUAAAAAAUGUGAAAUAUUAAAAAUGAAUAAUAUUCAAAUUUUAAUUAUGGUCAACUUUUAAGUACGUAAAUUAAUAAAUCU